CCUCCUCCUCUCUCAAUCUUUACGUGAAUGUACUUUCUCUCAUGAUCUUCCAUCCUACGUCCCUUCGUUGAAGAUUCGGCGCAACCGUUUCCUCACCCUGUAACCCCAACAUCGACGGUGGGGUGCACAAUUCAAAUUCAAUUAUGAUCCACAAUCGACCGCCACCGUCGACGACAACGACGAAGCACAACAAACAAGACUACAAGUCGUUCCAAUUAAUCCCCAUCGUCGGGAAAACCCUCAUCCUCCUCUUCAUCCUCUCAUUCAUCUCCAUCGGCCUCUACACCUCCUUCUACGACCCCAACAGAAGCGGAAUCACCCCCACCACCGCCAGCCGCCGGAACCCUAACAAUAAUUCCCCGACCGACCUCUCCCACAUCCUCUUCGCCCUCAGCGGCUCCAACGACACGUGGGAUGACCGCAGCAGGUCCAAUUCUGUCUGGUGGUCCCCCAACCGCACACGUGGUUUCGUCUGGCUGGAGGACGCCCAACGACCCGACUCCUCCCCGGCCCCGAACUCCGCCCCGACCCGGGUCUCCUCCCCCGAAUGGACCCAAUUCGGGUUCUCUAGCUCCCGACCCGCCGUCCGGAUCGCACGGACGAUCACCGACAGCUUCGGGUUGAAGCUGCCGGGGGUCAGGUGGUUCGUGAUGGGCGACGACGACACUGUUUUCUUCCCGGAGAAUCUGGCCUCCCUGCUGGCGGAGUACGAUCACGACGAGAUGUGGUACAUCGGCGGGAACUCCGAGAGCGUGGAGCAGGUCGUGAUGCACUCGUACGAGAUGGCGUUCGGCGGUGGCGGGUUCGCCGUCAGCUACCCGCUGGCGGAGCUCCUGGUGGAGAAUCUGGACCGUUGCCUUGAACGGUUCCACUAUUUCUACGGCUCCGAUCAGAGGAUCUGGGCUUGUAUCGCCGAGUUGGGCGUGGGCCUCACCCCUCAUCGUGGAUUUCACCAGAUGGAUAUCAGGGGAAGCGCGUACGGGCUACUGGCAGCGCACCCAAUGGCGCCAUUGAUCUCCCUGCACCACCUCGGCGCCAUGAACCCACUGUUCCCCGGUCAGGACCACCUUACCUCGCUUAGAACCCUCUACGGCGCCUACAGGGCCGACCCGCCCAGGAUCCUGCAGUCGUCCUACGCUUACGACCACACCCUCAACUGGUCCGUCUCCAUCUCGUGGGGCUAUACUGUGCAGCUCUACCCGACCCUGGUCGCGGUCCAUGACCUGCAGGUCCCGCUGCAGACGUUCAGGACGUGGAGGACGUUCAGCGAGGGCCCGUUCACGUUCAACACGAGGCCCCUCAAGGGGUCCGACCCUUGCUCCAUCCCAAUCGUGUUUAUGUUCGUCAAGGUGCAGAAUAUUGGGACAUGGGGUACAUUGACGGUUUACAGGAGGUUGGAUCCGGCUGUGACGUGUAGGAGGCACGACUAUGAUCGUGCCAUGUCUGUGCGUAGGGUCUUCGUCUCGUCUGUCAGAAUGGAGACUGAUUAUUGGUCCAAGGCGCCACGGAGGCAAUGUAGUGAGUUUGUGAAUGGCGGUGGGAGAAUGAGGGGCGGGACUCUGCAGAUAAGGAUUAGGAAGUGUGGGGAUAGGGAAAUUGUUAGUACUGUAGAGUAG